AUGAAUAACGGUUCUGGUAGGUACCUACUGACACCCCCAGAUGAUCUAUACCCUUAUGUGACAAGUUCAAAACCUCAGGAACAAGUAUACCCUGAUUUCAAGCCUUGGGAACACACUGCUGCGGAAGAUCAAAUUCUAGUGAACUUUGUGGCUAAGGGCUUUUAUCACACGCCAAUGGUUAACUUCGAGUCCAUAUCGGCUAGGUCAUCUGUUCAUGAGUCGUUGGUUAUCCAAUCUAACCUUCUCUCCCAACAAUUCGACAAAAUUAUCCAAAUUAGAGAAGACCACAUCAAUAAAAUCCCCUCUCAUUCCACUACGACGCUACAUGGGCCUGGAUUCCAGUUACCUAACAGAAUUACGCUUACUGAUCACAGAAAGGAAACGUGGUUGUAUGAAUUGAGCUCAUCACAGGCCUCGCUGAUCAAGAUUGGUAAAUUUAUUCCUCAUGGUUUGAAAAGAAGACAAGUCAUCGAACAGUGCUAUUUAAAGUUUAUACCGUUAAAAAGGGCAAUUUGGUUGAUAAAAUGCUGUUAUUUUAUUGAAUGGAAAUCAAAUCACAAGAAGAAGAGGACAAGUGCUCCCGGGGCGAACGAUGUCAUUUCUAUGCAUCUGCUAAAGGACUGGACGGAUACUUUUGUUUACAUUCUGGAAAAGCUUAUUUUUGAUAUGAAAAACCAUUACAAUGAUUCUCAGCAAUUGCGUGUGUGGAAGAGACAAAUUUCUUAUUUCUUAAAACUUUUGGGAAACUGCUACUCAUUGAAAUUAAUAAAUAAGGAAAUUUUUCAUCAUUGGCUCGUAGAGUUUAUAAACAAGAUGGAGAACUUCGAAUUUCUGCCCUUAUCUCUACACAUUCUAAUGAUAUUUUGGAAUGAUAUCUGCCAAAUCGACACAAGUGCUCCUAUUGCUUUAACAGCAACAAAAAAUCAAAAAGAGCCCUUCUUUUUGGUGACCAAAAUCACGGAUAUGUUACUGCAUAAAUACUAUAUUGUUUCCAGCAGUAAGUCAAUGAUUAAUGACGAGAACUACAUCAUUAAUGACAUAAAAAAAAACAACAAAAUCAAGCAAAAUAUCCUGAAAAUCCUAUCCGGUUUGAUUUUGAAAAUUUUUCAGGAGCAAUCUUUAGAGGUGUUUAUAUUCCCAACAUCAAAUUGGGAAAUUUAUAAGCCACUACUUUUUGAAAUAGUGUCAAAUGCUGAAACCACUUCAAAUUCUGAAAUGAAAAAGAAAUUAGAAUUAAUCAGUUACAGGAACGAAUCAUUGAAAAAUAACUCUUCUAUACGAAAAAUCACAACGUCUGCCAAUACUGCAAACGAUUUUCAACUAACAAUCUCCACUUGCAAACAGUUUUCAAAACUAUCUUGCAUUCAGUUGAAUUGCAUAGAUACACAGUUCACUAGACUACUAGACGAUAACCCCACAGAAUUCGAUUGGCCCACUUACAUUGACCAAAAUCCUCUCACAAUGAACAAAAUAAUCCAAUUAAUUAUCUGGUCAAUACAUCCAUCGAGACAAUUUGAUCACUAUGAAUCGAAUCAACUGGUGGCGAAAUUACUACUGUUACGAAUAAACUCUACAGAUGAGGAUCUGCACGAAUUUCAAAUUGAGGAUGCCAUUUGGUCACUGGUUUUCCAGCUAGCGAAGAAUUUUUCAGUCCAAAAGAGGGUCGUAUCCUAUAUGAUGCCCUCGUUAUAUCGCUUACUUAAUAUACUAAUCACCUAUGGCAUCAUCAAAGUUCCUACAUAUAUCAGAAAGUUGAUUAGUUCCGGUUUGCUUUAUCUUCAGGAUUCCAAUGAUAAGUUUGUACAUGUCCAGUUGUUGAUAAACUUGAAAAUCUCACCCUUGAUGAAAAGUCAGUACAAUAUGGUAUUAAGAAACGUUAUGGAGUAUGACGUUAAAUUCUAUGAAAUUUUCAAUUUUGAUCAGCUCGUGGAAAUCACAGAGCAAAUCAAAACACGAAUACUAUCCAAUGAUGUAAUCGAUUUGAAAUUAACGAAGACCCCCUUAAGCAUUAAGAUUAUGGUUGCAGAAUGGUACUUAUCACAUUUAUGUUCCGGCAUCCUAUCCAGUGUAAAUCGUACAGUGCUGCUAAAGGUAUUCAAAAUAUUUUGUACCGAUCUGGAGGUCUUCCACCACUUUUUUAAAUGGAUUGAAUUUAUUGUUUAUCAUCAACUACUAAGUGAUAUAGAAUCUCUGGAGGCAUUAAUGGACAUCUUACUAUGCUACCAAAAAUUGUUCUCACAGUUCAUUAAUGACCAUAUACUUUUCACUAAGACCUUUAUCUUUAUUUAUAAGAAAGUAUUGAGAGAAAAGGAUGUAUCUGCCUACAAUGUGACUUCAUUCAUGCCGUUCUGGAAGUUUUUCAUGAAGAACUUCCCAUUCGUUUUAAAAGUUGACAACGAUUUAAGAAUUGAUUUACAAUCUGUUUACAAUGAUGAGAAAUUGAAAACUGAGAAAUUGAAAAAUGAUAAAUCAGAAGUCUUGAAGGUGUAUUCCAUGAUUAACAACUCAAAUCAUACUAUUGGACAGUCUUGGAAUUUCCCCGAGGUAUUUCAGAUAAAUAUCAGAUUUUUACUACACAACUCCAAGAUUCUUGAUGAUACUACGAGCAAACAAUUCCAGAAGGCACGAAAUAACGUUAUGCUUUUGAUUGGAACUAAUUUGAAGGAGUACAAUAAGUUCAUGUCAAUUUUCUUAAAAAGGAAAGAUUUUACUAAUGGAAAUUUAAUUCAGUUAAUCUCACUAAAGCUUUUAACCUUUGAAGUGACUCAGAGUGUUUUGGGGCUUGAGUAUACUAUUCAAUUGUUACCCUUGAACUUGAAAAAUAAUGAUGGCUCCUACGGACUGUUCUUGAAAUAUCACAAAGAACAAUUCAUAAAGUCAAAUUUUGAGAAGAUUUUACUUACGUGUUAUGACUUGGAUAAGAGAAAUCGUGGAAACAGAUGCGAAAUCAACUAUUAUGAAAUUUUAUUGAAAAUUUUGAUAACCUACGGCUCGUCUCCGACACUACUUGCAACAUCUACGAAGAUUAUUAUACUGUUGUUGAAUGAUAACGUUGAAAACUCAUCUCAUAUUUUAGAGGAUAUUUUAUACUAUUCAAUCUGUCCGUCGACAACCGAUCUUAAUGAUAUACCACUCGGCAGCGGACAAACAGACAAUGGUAAUACUCUUGCUAAUGAUGAAGACAGUGAAGACGACGAUCACACAGUUGACGAAAUAGAUCGAGUAGAGUAUUACAGCAUGAUGGAUUUUGCCAAUCUCUGGAUUUUCCAAGCGUUUACCUGUUUCUGCAUCGAAAAAAUCGUAAGGAACAAUGACUCAGCAAUGAUAAUCGAAGACCUGAAAACUUUCAUCUUCCAGAUUAUCGAAAUAACGAAUUCUAAUGAUUUAUGUUCAGAAGUAUUUGACCAGCUGAAGGAUAUGCAAGUUAUUGAAAUGUUAACUCGUAUCGUGGAGAAAGAUUUUUGCACCACUUGUUUGCAAAACAACAAUCAGAAGAUGAAUGAUAAGUAUAUCGUUAUGGUAAUCGAAAUUAUGGCGUCGUUGUCCAAGAAGUUUCAGAGGGAAACUUCUGGUAUGAUUGUCAUUUCCACCGAAAACUGUGAUUUACUAAUAAAGAUUAUAAAGCAAUUAAGUGAACUGAAUGAAGUAAAUUUAUCAAAGAGAGAAAUCCAAAUAGACGCCGUCAUGAAAAUGUUCACUUUCCAUCAAGAUUCUAUUUUCAAGUAUAUUAUCGCUGAUUUAACCACUAAUAAGUCCACAAUUCCAUUCAUUGAUAGCAUGUGCAAAUUGUUCGAUAAGAUUUCUUUUAAUUUGAGAUUGAAGCUGUUUUUGUAUGAAAUAUUGUCUUCAUUGAAAUCGUUUGCUAUCUAUUCGUCAACAAUCGAUACCCCAGCAUUCCACAUGAAUACUAAGAUUGAACUACCGAAAAAGUUGCUCAACUUGCCACCGUUCCAAGUGUCCUCUUUUGUUAAGGAGACUAAACUUCAUAUCGCGGACAAUGAGGAAGAAGGAGGUGAAGAUGAUGCAGGGCAAGCAGAACCUUCUAGUUUGGAGUUAGGCAUCGGUAUAGUUGAAACAACACAUGAAAGCGAACAGAAAUGGCUAAUUUACGACAAGAAAGAUCACAAAUAUGUCUGUACAUUUUCCAUGGAGCCGUACCACUUAAUUUCUAACUAUAAUACAAAAUAUACAGAUGAUAUGGCUGCUAGCGGGAACAAUACAGUAGCAUUCAACGAUUCAUGUGUAAACCUGAGCCUUUUUGAUGCUCGGUUCGAGAGGAAAAAUCCACACUGA